UAAGUUAGUGAGACAAGUAUAUUUUUUUUCACUCUAAACUUAUUGCACCAGUACUGACAGUGAUUGUCAAAAUAUACUUUAACCUUACUGUAUCUGCAAGAUAAUAUUGCAAAAAUUUCGUAUUCAUUUUUGCCUAGAACGUGUUCCAUUGAUUAAAUUCAAUGAUCGUUUCACUUGUCUGCUACUUGUCUUUAUGCCAAUGGAUUUAACGAUGGUGAUAUCAUCAUUACGUAUUAUCUAUUAUGUAAGGUCAAUUGAAACGUACGUCAGUGCAUUCUAACUCCUUGCGUUAUGAUGUCAUUAAUUGUUAUUCUGUUAUAAAAACAUCUACUCCGAAGCCUAUAAAAGCGGCAAACGGACCGCACCCAAUGACACUUCGGCGAAAGGUUAUGGAUAAAUCAAGUUUAAUACGAGUUAAGGCUUCUGUAUGACUGUGAAAGUUAUCAAGUAUGUCUCUCGCCUAAAUUCCAUUGUCGGAAAAGUCAGACUUCUCGAAACAGGAAUAUAUGCAUUAUAAAUUAUAAAUAUUUUUAUCAUAGCAGAGUGACGCUUGAUUGCCUGGAUAAAUCAUAUAUGACAAGAUAAGAAUUAUAUAAAAGCGCGAUAGAGCUCUACAUGACAUUACAUUCCAAUAUUGUUCACGCUUGUAAACGGGAUUCUAAUAAAAUUUGAACAUACCAGGUGUAGAAACAUAAUCAUGGCUCAAAAUAAAAAAGUCGACUUGAGCUCGAUGGUGAAUCAUAAGUUUACUCAAGAAGUGCUGACAGAUAUUCUAUGCAAGGUCUAUGAUGGGAAGAAAGUGCAACUGACAGAUUGGAAGUUUGGUGAUGGAUUUACCAAAGGUGACAACUACUUGUCAACUGUCUACAAAGGUGUAUUAUAUGGUAUUACAGAUGACAAGGCAAAACAAGAAAUUCAAGUUAACUUUGUUGUAAAGUUCAUUCCUCAGAAUGUUGCUCGCAAGAAAACUUUUAGAAGUUCAGAUUUUUUCUCUAAUGAGAUUAUUUUUUAUACACAGGUGGUCCCUAAGUUUGAGAAGUUCUUGAAAGAAAAAGGACAGAGUAAGCUGUUACGUAUACCACACUAUCUAAUCUCCUAUAUGGAUGGUGAAAAUGAUUUUAUAGUGCUAGAAGACCUCUCUCCCCUAGGAUUUGGACCUGCAUCGAGACAGAGCUGUAUAGAUUGGGCAGAAUGCUUAGUAAUAUUGGAGGCAUUGUCAAAAUUUCAUGCUAUCUCAUUUGCAUACAAGGAUCAAAACAAGGAGGAAUUUACUGAAAUGACUAAAUGUUUGAAAGAGACUUAUUUUGGCAAACAUAAUUGGAACUGGUAUCGAAGAUACCAUGAGAAACUAUUAGAAAUAUCUCGACAUGCAUUAACUACCGAGUAUCCUGAUAGUAAAGCUGUGAAGCAAUUCAAUUCCUAUAAAUUUGGCGCACUUUAUGAGAAGUGUUCAGAGUUAGUGUGUGAAAGAAAACAUGCUCCUACGUCCAUUAUAUGUGCGGGUGACUGUUGGGCUCCAAACUUUUUAAUUCGAGAUAUUGGUCAAAAUCGGAAGGAAGCUGUAUUACUCGACUUUCAACUAGCACGGACCGCCAAUCCUUCCACGGACUUAUCAUUCCUGAUUUACUCAUGCACCCACAAGCCAUUUCGAGAUCAAUAUUUUGACACCAUCUUGAAAACUUAUCAUUCUUUAUUGAGUGAUGCUAUUAAAACUCUUGGAUCUGAUCCAGAAAAGAUUUAUCCAUGGGAUUUGUUCAUGAAAGAAGUGAAGGAGAAUUUUAUCUUAGGUGUUGUCUUCGCAAUUGAAGCUAUUCCAUUUGCAUUAUUGGAUCCAUCUGAAUUGUUCGAUUUGGACGAUCUCGUUAAAGGUGACGAAGCAAUGGAUAUUGCCGAUGUAUGGGCCUCGCUCAAGAUUGCAACAUCUAGUGGAAGACGAAGAUUAGCGGAUAUGCUAAUUCAUGCUGUUGAGCAUGGAUAUCUAUAACGAAAAUUUUCAUACAAAUAUCUUCACUGUUUGUGUACAGUUAAUCUUAGUAGCACAAGCUCGUCAACCAUGAAACCGUGAUGUAUUAUAGAGAAAAUUAUAUUUUUAGUAACAGAAUCUCCGAGCAACUUACAAGAAUUUUUUAUAGAAAAGAAAUUUAUCUCAACAGCUAUUGAAAUACUAUACAUCUAGUUCUUAGCUCUCCACGAGAGGUCUCUGUAACCCCUCGCUCUUGCCAGCCUCUAAAAUUAUGUGUACACAUAUAUUUAGAAGAAAUGACAUUUUAUACAUAAUCUUUAUUAAAUGUGCUUGCAUUAAAUAAAAUAAAGACAGUCUAUAUUUGUAUAA